UUUCGAGUUGAACCGGAUGCUUAAACCAAAAACCCAUCUCUCUCUUCUCUAGUUCCUCAGAGGUCGCCGCAGAUAGAGCCUAGGGUUUCGCGAUCGAUUCCUUGCCGCUCUCAGGGCGGAUGCGCUGCUUCAUCUCGGUGAUCUCAGGGCAUGCCUUAGUGUAUUUGCGAAGGAUAUAAUGAGUUUGAGCAGCCUACAGCUGAUUCUAAGCAUAGCAACAUAUUAUGGCUCGGGGGAAAGUAUUAGCUAUCUGCCAGUCUGGUGGAGAAUUUGUCAUUGGUAGAGAUGGAUCUAUGUCAUACUCUGGUGGAGAAGCACAUGCAGUUGAAGUUACUAGUGAUAUGAAACUCAAUGAUUUUAAAGCAGAGAUAUCUUGUAUGUUCAACUGUCGCGCUGACACCUUCAUUAUCAAGUACUUCCUCCCUAGCAAUAGAAAGACUCUCAUUACAAUAUCCAAUGACAAAGACUUACAGCGGAUGGUUGAUUUCAGUGCUUCUUCAAAUACAACAGAUGUAUAUAUCUUGAAGAAGGUUGAACAUAGGACAAGUAGAAGUGUGGUUGCUGAUUCAGGAACUCCUGCAGAUGCCCCUGCUGCCACCCUUGUUACAGUAGAUGAUACUAAGCGGCGAAAAUUGUGCCACACAGGUUGGGAAAAUAUGCUUAAUAGUGUCGGGCAAGUAUUUGAUGGUCCGAAGGCUUUUCGUGAUGCUCUUCACAAGUAUGCCAUUGCAAAUAGUUUCACAUACAAAUUUAUUAAAAAUGAUGGUGUUCGUGUUACUGCCGAAUGUUCAGCUGAGAAUUGUCCUUGGCGUGUACAUGCAUCUAAGUCACCGGCCAAGCAAGAAUUCACUAUAAAGAAGAUGAAUAACAUCCAUACUUGUAGAAGGGAAAUCGGCAAAGGUCAUCGUUUAGCAUCACAACGCUGGGUUGCUAGUGUUAUAAAGGAAAAACUACGUGAGGCUCCAAAUUAUAAGCCAAGGGAAAUUGCAAAUGAUCUCAAUCGAGAAUAUGGGCUCAACAUGAAAUAUGCACAGGCAUGGCGUGGGAAAUUUGUUGCGAAGAAAGAGCUUCGGAAUCCGCAUGAAGAGGCACGCAAUCAACUGCCUUGGUAUUGUGAGAGGAUAAUGGAGACAAAUCCAGGUAGUGUUGCAACAUUACAAACAACGGAAGACUUGAAGUGUCAUAUAUUUGUCUCAUUUCAUGCAUCCCUUAGUGGGUUUGAGCAUGGUUGUCGCCCCCUCCUUUUUCUUGAUGGCAUCUGUCUUAAAGCAAAUAAGCACUGGAAAUUGUUAGUAGCAACUGCAGUUGAUGGAGAGAGUAAUUUUUUUCCAGUUUCGUUUUCAGUUGCCGAAAGUGAAACAUUUGAGCAAUGGCAUUGGUUCCUCUUACAGCUGAAGUCUGCUUUGACAAUGUCAAGAACAGUUACGUUUGUAUCAAAUAAACAAAAUGGUUUGGAGAAUGCGGUUGCUCGAGUUUUUGAGGAUAGUUACCAUGCAUAUUGUGUGCAUCAACUCACUGAGGAUUUCAAUCAACAGGUAGAUAACUCAUUGACGCAAGAAUCGAAAAAUACUGUCCUUGAUGCAUUUCAGCGAUCUAUAUAUGCUUGUAAAGCUGAAGAAUUCAACGAGUGCAUUGAAACCAUAAAGGUUGAAUCUAAAGGACUUGCUGAAUGGGUUUUGUCUACCAAACCUGAAUUUUGGUCAAAUGCCUUUUUCAAGGGUCUGCGUUAUGGCCAGUACUCUUCCAAGAGUGUAGAGACCUUCAAUAGCUGGAUAUCACCUAAAUACGAACCAUCUGUGAUGCAGAUGAUUGACAUCAUUAGGUGUAAGAUGAUGGAGCUGAUGUAUACACGGCGGAAGUCCUUAGAAAGCUGGUCCGAAGUGCUCACACCAUCAGCAAAACAAAGAGUGGAGGAAGAGAUGACAAAAGCACAAGGCCUCAAUGUGAUAUGCACAUCUAGCAGUGUUUUUGAGGUGCACGAUCAUUUAAUCAAUGUUGUUAAUAUGGAAACUUGGGAAUGCACAUGUAGGAGAUGGCAAGUUGGUGGUUUGCCAUGCGCUCAUGCUCUUGCAGUGAUAGAGCAGAACCAUGGUUUUGUAUAUGAUUAUACUUCGAAGUACUUCACGACUGAAUUCUUUCGAUUAACGUAUUCUUUAUCAAUCAAUCCUAUACCUGAUGCUGGUAAGCCUGCUUGCUCAGAUAUUGUGGACUUGGCGGCUUCUUGCCCACCAAGAAUCCGCAGAAUGGUCGGUCGACCAAAAUUGAAGCCUGCUGAUCCAAGGAUUACAAUUAAGAGAGCAGUCCGCUGCGGCAAGUGCCAAGGAUAUGGGCACAAUAAGCAAACUUGCAAGGCACCGUUUUGAACCAUGGCAUGUAUCCCCCUUUACAGUUGCAGUUGCAGUUGCUUCAUAAGGAUGUCUAGGACUUACUAGGUUGUAAAUUCUUUCCUCACCAGUGCGCUGGCUAAAUGAUGGUUUUGAUGCUCCAAUUACCCGCCACUGUGAAUUGUUUUGGUCGAUGUGCGCAACAAGAAGUUUCUCGUAACCUCUGUAGUUCUUAGUGUCAAUUCUUGCCUUCGCAAUUCAUUUCGGAAUGUAUUUAUGGUGAAAUUUGUAAGGCAUGAAUUAUUAAUGACAAUGUAGAUGUCUAUAAAUUAAUAUGUGAAGUUUCAGCUGAAA